CAGAUUUAAGGCGAUUAAAGUUUGUUGAGUAUGGCUGGUGAUGUGCUCGGUAUUCCAAGAUGAAGCGCCUCCGAAGUUUUCUGCUAGUUUGUGAUUGUGUGUUACAGGCGGACCAAAGAGACCAAUCAUUUCACUUUAUUACCCGGCUGAAUUCUGCUUGACUAGGAGGACGGAGCACAGCAAACCAUCCAUUAAGAGCUGAUAUAUUAUCCAAAACAAUUUAGUGUAUUCAUGAGGCAACAUAAAUGUGGAGGCUGCAAAAUUACCGUAAUCAAUUGGAACAGCAAGUGUGCUCCCGUCUGUGUGUCUGAUCAUUUGGAGAUCAUCUAACAACUGGAUGUGUCUGUAUUAAGACGGGUAUUAAAUCGCUGCAGAGUUACACUGGGAAGUCCAUGAUCAUUGGGUAAGUCAGGCUGGAUAACCAUCACAGGACAGCCAAACAGAUGAAGCAAAUAUCUCCCCUCGCAUUAGGAAGCCAUUCUCAUAUUUAAAAGGACCUUUAAAAAAAUCCUCUGGACAAUAUUGUGUGCAAUAUUCUCAAAUAUAGAUCUCUCUCUCUUCACUCUAUUAUUAUUUAUUUUAUUUUUUUUGGAGCUACACGUCUAAGAGUUUAUAGGCAGCAUGGAUGUCAGAUACAAUCAGGAAGGAGAGACAAGUAUUGUCUUGAAGAACGGACUUCAAGAGGGGAAUGAGAGCAAGGAAUCCCUCGGAAAUCUUUCUAAAUCGUUCCUGAAGGAGCAGCAGGAGGCUUUCUCAGCUUCUGGUUCUUCGGAAAACUGUGAAAAAAAUAAAGCUAACUCGGCAGACCCAGACUACUGCAGGAGAAUACUAGUUAGAGAUGCCAAAGGGUCAAUCAGAGAGAUUAUUCUGCCAAGGGGUUUGGACUUGGACCGACCCAAGCGCACCAGAACCUCCUUCACAGCGGAGCAGCUAUACAGGCUCGAGAUGGAGUUCCAGCGAUGUCAAUACGUGGUGGGGAGAGAGCGCACUGAGCUGGCCAGGCAGCUCAAUCUGUCUGAAACGCAGGUAAAGGUUUGGUUUCAGAACAGGCGAACCAAGCAGAAGAAGGACCAAGGCAAGGACUCUGAGAUGAGAUCGGUGGUUUCAGAAACGGCCGCCACCUGCAGCGUUCUGAGGUUGCUGGAACAGGGUCGCUUGUUGCCUCCCCCACGGUUGCCUGGACUUCUCUCCCACUGCACCAGCACUGCCCUUGGAUCAGCGUUAAGAGGCCCUUCUAUCACCAAUAAUGGCACACACACCACUUCCUCAGGGACAGCAGGGAGCUCGCCACUGCCGACAGUGACCACCUCAGGGGCUCCUCCGGGACUGCCCAACUCCCCACCUGGCCAUGGGCUCUUCAACUUCCCCAUCCCCUCCCUCCUGGGCUCCGUGGCCAGCCGACUCAGCUCAAACCACUUGUCCAUGGCCGGGUCCCUGGCAGGAAACUUGCAAGAACUGUCAGCCAGAUACCUGAGUUCUUCCGCCUUUGAACCCUACUCCAGGACCAACAGUAAAGAAGCGCUGGACAAAAAAGUGCUGGACUGAUCCCCUCUCCUUCGCUCUGUUUGUUGUUGUUGAUUCCUUCAAGGGAUCACUAAAAUAUUGCUUUUUCACAUCACAAAGGGAUUAUUCUGACAUUUUAAUAUUUUCAGAUGGUAGAUUGUAUGCCAGAUGUGUCCUCACCAGGCUUGUUACCUAAACAUGUGGUAUCCUUUUGUUAAAAUAACUAAAUGCAUUACCUAUCAAUUUGUUACCACAAAGAGCAUGCAAGCUACAGCAAUAUUGAAAAAUGUUCAAGUAUGUCUGCUUGGAAAAUAAUCAUGGCAAGGUGAAAGGUGCUUUCGUGAACUCCAUUGAAAAUAUUAAAGUCCUUGAAUGAGCCUGUAAAUAAAGGGCACUAUCGCCCUACUCCAUCGACUGACUUCUCAAAUUAAUUCUAAACCUAUGAGACCUGAUUCAGCACAGCAAAAAUAAUUCUCAAUACUGUGCAAUUAACUUUUCCCCAGACAUAAAUUACACUGACACUCGAAAUACUCACUAAUGCUAGAACAGCAGGAUACUGUUAACACAAAGCAGGUUUUACUUCUAAUGGUGAACAUAUUUGGGAUAUAAAAAGCAAAAAAGCAAAAUAAGUUUCUAUUAUCAAAAAUCAGAUGAGAAUAUCAUCUUAGGUUAAAACCUGGUUGUAUCCAGGAUUUGUGAAUGUCCCCCCACAACAUAACUU